UUUGUCAUUACUUGACGUUUCUAUUUAGUACUCACACAAUUUCCAGCUGACCUUAUUAAUUUUAAUUAAUAAGGGGCUUUAUUAAAAUAAAAAACGAUUAAGUUAAAAUGAAUACUACAGUAGACCCCAGACGUAAGGAAAAAGUUCAUCGCUAUAAGGCUCCCCAGGCUCAGGGGCAAAAUGGCAGUGGCACUGGAAAUGAGGACUUGACCCCGGACUACAUGAACAUUUUGGGCAUGAUAUUUUCCAUGUGUGGCCUAAUGAUGAAGCUGAAAUGGUGUGCCUGGUUUGCUUUAUAUUGUUCCUGCAUUAGUUUUGCCAGUUCUCGCGUCAGCGAUGAUGCUAAACAGGUCCUUUCAUCAUUCAUGCUUAGUGUAAGCGCUGUAGUUAUGUCCUAUUUGCAGAACCCGGCACCUAUGACACCGCCAUGGGUAUCCUCUUCCUAAUCAUAAUGAUUAUGCAAAAAAUAGAGUUCUUUUAAAGUUAGUGAAAUUUUUUAAUAAAAAAUUAUUAAAAUUA